AUGGCAGCAGCGGGUGAGGACGAGGCCCUGCGUCAGCGCGUCGAUGCGGCUGUCGCUCGCUGCGAGGCGCCCAUCCACCCAGACUUCCUGAUACCGUCACCAAAGGCCCAGGAGGCAACUGCCACUACAGCCGCUCGGCGCUUCUUGAUUUCGGUUGAGGGCUCCGGGUCCCUGCAAUAG